CACGAUCUGAUUUCAUUUCCUUUAUUCAAGAUUUUAAUUUCAUUCUAUCUACGGAGUUUCUAAUUUGUGAACAUAUGUGGAUUGCCUUCAAUGAUCAACUAAGGGGAUUUAAAGCUUCUUUAAAGAGAUCGAUUUUGUUUGUUGGGACAUCCUGGGGCAUCUCGUGUGUAUUGCCGGCGCAUUUGCUUGGAAGAGGUGGUUCGGGCUCUCCGCGUGAUGCGUAAUGGGAGAGCUGUGGGACCAGAUGAGAUUCCAGUGGAGUUUUGGAAGCAUGCGGGUCGUGAUGCGUGGGUUUGGUUAACCAAACUCUUCAAUGUUAUCCUCCGUACAGCAUGGAUGCCUGAUGAGUGGAGGGAGAGUCUCUUGGUCCCUCUGUUUAAAGGCAAAGGUGACAUUCAGAGCUGCGAGAAUUACAGAGGCAUCAAACUGCUUAGCCACACCAUGAAGGUUUGGGAGCGAGUUAUCGAGUAUAGGGUGCGUAAAGAGGUUUGCAUCUCGGAGAACCAGUUUGGUUUCAUGCCUGGCAGAUCGACUACAGAGGCCAUUCAUCUCGUGAGGAGGUUAAUGGAAGAGUAUAGGGCUAGGAAGAAGGACCUUCAUAUGGUGUUUAUUGACCUUGAGAAGGCGUAUGAUAGGGUGCCAAGGGAGGUCUUAUGGAGGUGCCUUGAGGCGAGAGGAGUGCCCAUCGUGUACACUCGCGCGAUCAAGGAUAUGUACGAUGGGGCUAUGACCAAGGUAAGGACUUCCGGGGGCGUCUCAGAUUCCUUCUCGGUAGGGAUGGGGUUGCACCAAGGGUCUGCUCUUAGCCCUUUUUUGUUCGCCUUGGUGAUGGACGUCCUAACUCAAGGUGUUCAAGACGGGGUCCCAUGGUGCAUGCUUUUCGCGGAUGAUAUUGUGCUUAUCGACGACACGCGUGAGGGACUAAACGAUAAGUUGGAAUUAUGGCGCCUUGCCCUUGAGACUAAAGGAUUCAGAAUAAGUAGGAACAAGACUGAAUACAUGGAAUGUCGUUUCAGNGACCUGCUAUGUUAUAUGGGGCAGAGUGUUGGGCGGUUAAGAAGACUCAUGUGCGUCGUCUGCAUGCGGCGGAGAUGCGGAUGUUACGAUGGAUGUGCGGGAAGACAAGGUUGGAUAGGAUUUCGAAUGAGGUUAUCCGACGUCAAGUAGGUAUGGCACCGGUGGAAGACAAGUUGCGGGAAGCGAGGUUGAGGUGGCUUGGCCAUGUGAGACGGCGGGAUGCUGACGCCCCUGUACGGAGAUGCAAGAGGAUUACAGUGGAGCCGGGGGUCUCUUGGAAACAGCCUCCCUACUUCCGAGUAGGGGCAAGGGCUGAGAGGGGGUGUUGGGUUUGCUUGUCUUCUUGUAGCUCACAUCAAGUACUCUGAGGGGUGAGCUGAGUAGCACUGAAACCAACAAU